AUGUUAACAUUAAGUAGGAAUCUCCGGUUUGGUCGGAGAGACUUGUUUUAUAUCAGCAGAAGAUUUAAUUCUAGUUUUCAGAUUGAUGCCACCCAGCUUGAACUUGAAUCAAAAGAAGAAUUGAUUCCCCAUUUGCAGAAAAGGGGACUCAUUGAUUCCAUCAGCAGUGAUGAUCUCAGAAAGUUUGCCCAAAAGACACAGUUAUCUUUGUACUGUGGUGCAGACCCUACUGCAAAAUCUUUGCAUUUGGGUAACUUGUUGCCUUUGCUCAUUCUUGUGCACUUCAACAUUAGAGGACAUUCAGUGGUCGGAUUGGUUGGCGGUGCGACUGGUAAAGUCGGUGAUCCUUCUGGUAGAUCCAGUGAAAGAACGGCAAUGGACUCUGAAACCAGAUUGGACAAUACUUCAAGAAUCAAGUUUCAAUUGGCAGAUUUCUUGAAUUCUAGUAAAGACUAUGUGAAGUCUUUGGGGUUUCCGGUGCCAGAUUCCUCCAAGACCGAAGUGGCUGAUAAUUUCGAUUGGUGGAAAGGAGUUGGCUUAUUGGAAUUUUUGGCUAAUUACGGGAAAUACAUCAGAGUAAACUCAAUGUUGGGAAGAGAAAGCAUCAAGGCAAGAUUAUCAUCUGAUGCUGGUAUUGGUUUCAAUGAAUUUACAUACCAGAUCUUACAAGCCUACGAUUUUUGGCAUUUGUAUAAAAAUAACAAUGUGACAGUUCAAGUAGGGGGAAAUGAUCAAUGGGGGAAUAUCACUGCCGGAAUUGAUUUCAUCUCUAGAAUGAAAAGUUUCCAUAGCAAGGAUCUAAAGUCACUAAGCAAAGAGGAACAGGAAAAACAAAAUGAAUUCAAGAAACUUUUGGAAAAACCAGUAUUUGGAUUAACCGUUCCUUUGUUGACGACGGCAUCAGGACAAAAGUUUGGGAAAAGUAUGGGAAAUGCUGUCUUCAUUGAUAAGAAUGUGACCCCUUCGUUUGAGAUGUACAACUAUUUCAUGAAGUCUCAAGAUAGUGAACUUGAAAAGCUUUUGAAAAUCUUUACUUUCAUUCCAUUGAAGCAAAUUGAUCAAAUUCUUGAAGAGCACAGCAAAGACCCCAGCCUAAGAGUCGGUCAAAGAAUCUUGGCUGAUCAAAUUACACGAUUGAUUCAUGGUGAACUAGAAACCUACAAUGCCUCAAUAAUUGCAUCGAUUCUUUUCCCGACACCAGAACAGCCAUAUCCAACAGAUAUCAAAACUGAUCAGAUUCUCAAGAUUUUUGAAGAUGCCAACUUGUUGAAGAAAAUUUCGAAGUCAGAUAUCAUUGACAAGAAGUUCAGUGAAGUGCUUUCAAAAGCAUCAGGUUCUUCAAGAACCGAAGCCAGAAAUACCGUGAAAAGUGGUGGGUUAUAUUUUGGUUAUGAUAGGGCCAGGGCUGAUCCAACAGACUCUGUGCUAUUGACUGAAGAUUUGUUGAUUGAUGGUAAAUUGUUAUUAUUGAGGGUUGGUAAAGCCAAGUACCAUAUUGUUGAAAUUUUAUGA